AUGACGACUCAGGCCUACCCGCCAGCCCAGCCUCACGGGUACCCCGGCCAUUCCUACGCUGGCGGCCCGCAUCCAGCGAGCAGCCAGGCUUAUCCCGGCCAACCCUCCAAUAUUAUGGUUCCCACCGGCAUGGUGGGCUACGCGCCGGCCUCGCAUGGCUAUGUCCCUUCGGCGCAACCCGACAUCAAGGCAUGCGCCAACUGUGGCGCAACGUCGACGCCGCUUUGGAGACGCGAUCCCGUGACUUACGACACGCUCUGCAAUGCGUGCGGGCUGUACCUCCAGCAGCGCCGCGCACAGCGGCCGGUGGCGCUCAUCGAGGCUGAGCGUGAAUACCAGGACUACGCCGUGCCAGUGGUGGAGGACGCGACGGACGGCGUCGGCGAAUCGCGGCCGCAGUGUAGCCACUGCCGAACGCGCGAGACGAGUGUUUGGCGCCGGAAUAAGGAUGGCGACCAAGUGUGCAAUGCGUGUGGAGUAUAUCAGCGCCUGAGGGGAAAGGAGCGUCCACUGUCGCUGCGGCGCGACAAGGUUAAGCCCAGAGCCAAGCACUCCCAAACUUGA